AUGGUCCUGUUGUUACUCAAGGACAUAGUUCCCGCGGUGCAGAACAACAACGGGAAGAACAGUAUCGCGUUGGCUGCGGAUGAGACGGCUGCGGUUCACAUACAGCUGUGGGGAGAUGAGUGCGAGGAGUUCGAGGCAGGAGAUAUCGUGAAGCUCAUACGUGAGGAACAGUGGGCUCAUCCUCAGAGCUGGGAAGCAUGGGAAGAUGGACAAGAGUUCACGGUUGCGUUUGUCGAAACGCCAAACAUUAGCGAGAUCCAAUGGAUUCCUGAUCCUGAGAAUCCCAAACGCUAUAUUCAGAGCGCCGUCGUUUCAGCUUAUUCCCAGGAGAUUAUUGAGUCAGCUUUGAAGUCAGCGACGGAGAAAGGACUGUGUAACCAUGGUGAUGCUGUGGUGGCUCUGCACCGUAUUGGAGCUGCUUCGGUUAUCAAGAUCUGCGUGGUGUAG